AUGAACUUAGAGGAAUUUAACCAACUUGUUAAGAAGAGAGAAGAAAUAGAAUGUGAAAUUAAGGCAAAUAUGGAUUUUCUGGAAUCACCAGAAAACAAAAAUGUAGGAAUGUAUGAAAAGUUAAUAGAUCGAGAAGGAUUCCCAAGAAAUGAUAUUGACAUAUAUGCUAUUCGCGUGGCAAGGAAUAAAAUUAUAUGCUUAAAAAAUGAUUAUCUUGACAUAAAUAAAAGGAUUGAAGAAUAUCUUCACCAAGUUCAUAGUUCUCACCCAGUUAUAUCUGUGAAAAGAAAUAAAGAUAAGAACAGUGAGGGAGAUGAUGAUGAUGAUAAGCGAAAUGGUACAUGUCAUGAAAGACAAACAGAUGAUAAUGAUGUAUCAUCACCUGGAUAUCAAGAAAGAAUAGAUGAAGCAAAAAGAAAUACCUUUGCUAUGAUCGACGAAAUGAUAGAGAAUUCCCCUUCACAUAAAGCAGGACUACGAGUAAAUGAUUACAUAAUACAAUUUGGAGAUAUAGAAAAAAAAGAAAAUGAUAACCUAGACAUAUUUAAAAGAAUUUCAGAUUACAUGAGUAACAAUCCAAACAAAAUUGAAGUAAAAAUAUUGAGAGAAGAAAAAAUCCUUUUUUAUUUUAUAUACCCAAGUAGGACAGAUAAGGGUUUAUACAUUGGGUGCCACCUGACACCAACCCCGGCGGGGGCAUGA